AUGGAGGCAAGCACGAGCAUGAGUAGCCUGCCAGACGACCUCCUCCUUGCCAUCCUGAGGCGGUCCUUUCAGCAGCUCGCUUCAUGCAAGUCCCGCAUUGACAGUCUAUGGGCCUCCAGCUAUGAAUGCUCAUCCACGAGUAACUGCACGGAGCAAGACGAUGCGAUAGUCAACACACCCAUAGCAUCCCCUCCUCCCCUCGCACACGCCUCUCAAAAUCUCCUCCUCGCGUCCGUCUGCCGUCGUUGGCGUCGCCUCACAAAGCUCCAUGUCACCACGCUCUCCGUGAAAGCAGACCUCUUGGUGUCCCAGGAAAACCUCUCAAUAGCCGUCGCAUGUUUCCCCAGUCUCACGCAUCUGCAUCUGAGUGACAGCAGCGUCAAGUCGCUCGACGAUGCCUUCCUAGCUCAACUCGCCUCUUCUUGCCCGCAACUGACGGCUCUCCACCCUGUGGGUGCUCCAGGCGUGACUCAACCAGCCUGCCUGAAAUCGCUCAAUUUCAUGCUGUGUUGUCCUGAUAUCAACACCAUCUUCCCACCGGCAUCGCCGUUCACCUGGCUAGAGGAGCUGCUGAUCACCCAGUGCAGUGAGCUGGAGACCCUUCCCGACCGCAUAGGAGAUCUGUUGCCGUGCCUUCGCAAGCUGACCAUUCGCGAGUGCUACUAUUUCGCUCACUUGCCUGAAAGCUUCACCUCUCUGUACCAUUUGGAAGAGCUCUUUAUCUCCACAUGUAAUGACUUCACCCUACCCACCAACUUCGGCCACCUGCCUACCCUCAAAUUACUGGUGCUGGAAAGUUUGUCAUUCACCGAAUUUCCUCCUUCCUUCUGUCAUCUCACAUCUCUCGAGGCACUCUUUUUAGUUGAUUGCCACCCGCUUUUGAAUCUGCCGGCAGGGUUCUGCCACUUGAUAGCUCUCAAGGCGCUCUGCUUCUCAAGAUGCGAGGGCCUUGCGUUGCCAGAGGACGUUGGGGCCCUUGCAAGGCUAGAGUCUCUCCGGUUGCACAACUGCCAGCACGAGCCCCUUCCACGUUCCUUCACCGACCUCUCCUCCCUCACGAGCCUUGAGCUGAGCGCAUGCUUUGGAGGCGAGCUGCCAGCCCUCGGCGAGCUGAGCAGGCUGCAGGAGCUGAAAAUCAUUGAUCUUCCCAUCAGCACGCUUCCUACCUCACUGACACGGCUCACAGGACUGCAGAGCUUGGAGGUGAGGGGGUGCCAGGCACUCUCAGAAGUGCCCCCUCGGCUGGAUAUGCUCGUGGGGCUGAAGAGGCUGGUGCUCACGGAGUGUGAGGAGCUGGGUAGACCCCCUGCUGGUCUGCCACCCUCCCUUGAGACCCUGUGCUUGGGGCCCUUCGUGGAAGGUUCGUCCCAUGUGGUGGACGUCUCUAGGUUGUCGCAGCUGAGGGUGCUGAAGCUGAACUGCGUUGGGGUGCGGUCCGCAGUGAACAGCAACUUGGCGUGCCAGGAGGAGCAGGAUGAGCAGGUGGGGCAGGUGGGGCAGGUGGGGCAGGAAGAGUGGGUGGGGCAGGUGGGCCAGGUGGGGCAGGGGGGCCAGGGGGGCCAGGGGGAGCAGGGGGGGCAGGAGGGGCGGGGAGAGCAUGUGGAGCAGGGGGGACAGGGAAAGCAGGGGGGGAAGAGGGGGCAGGGGGAGCAAGGGGGGCAGGGCGUGCAGCUGCAUAAACUGGAGAGGCUGGAGAUGCGGUUGGACAGUUACAUUCAAGAGCUCCCGAUCCCCUUGACUUUUCUCCCUCGCCUGCGCAGCUUGUUAAUAGAUGCGCCUAGAGUCUGCAGCUUCCCGGAGAACAUGGGUGCAGCGCUGCCGCAGCUACGGCAGCUGGAGCUUCUUUCAUGGUCACCAGAGAAGCUUCCAGGAAGCAUAGUGCACCUCCGUUCCCUCACAUCACUUAUGGUUGAAGCACCUCAGCUGGUGUCGCUGCCUCAAGGCAUAAGCUGCUUGUCUCGGCUGCGCAGGCUGGAGCUGAUUCGCUGCAUCGCCUUGCAGCACAGCACAGAGUUGCUUCUCUCCCAGCUCGCCAGCCUGCAGCAUCUAAUACUCAAUGACGCCCCAGGCACACCCCUUCCUGUCACUUACGUGCUGCUGACGGAUAAGCCUUGA